CCCCACGUCCCCGCCGCAGCGCCGGCGCAUGCGCGAUGAGGCCGGCCCCGGGGAGUUUUUUCCCUUUUUUUAAAACAAUUUCUUCCCCGGUGCUCAGGAGAGACGAAAUGGCGGCGGCCUGACGGUGGGUGAAGCGGUGGCUGGCUGCGGAGGGAGUAGCGAGGAGGGCCUGGCUGGGGGAUGGUGAGCGGGCCGCGGGCCCGGGCAGCCUGUCAGCAGACUCCGCCUCCCGCCCGCCGCAGCCGCAGCCCCGGCCCCGCAGCCCGGCACUGCGGGGGAAGAGCUGCUCUCCCGGCCCCGCCGGCCCCCGCCCGUCGGGGGACGCCCCGUGGGGGUGUGGAAAAAUGGCAAAGAGAAUUGCAGAGAAGGAACUGACUGACAGAAACUGGGAUCAGGAGGAUGAAGCUGAGGAGGUGGGGACGUUCUCAGUAGCUAGUGAAGAAGUCCUGAAGAACAGAGCUAUUAAAAAAGCCAAGCGCCGAAAUGUUGGAUCAGAGUCUGAAAGUGGAGGAGCUUUUAAAGGGUUUAAAGGCUUUAUAUUGCCCACUGGAAAAGGAGGAGGUGGCUUCAGUGGAUUUGGUAAUGGUGCGGGAAUAAAGCCUUUAGAAGGGCUGUCUAAUGGAAGCAGCAGUGUCUCUAGCACUCCUUCUUUCAGCAGUUUAAAGACCACCUCUGAAACACAAUCAGCAUUUGGAUCCACAGUGUCAAAUGGUCCUACUACUACUGCAUUUACUGAGAAAAAGGCUGCAAGCCCAAAAGCCAAUGGUGGCAGUCAACCGUCCUCAUCUGGCUAUGCUCAGAGUAAAGUGUGUAGCUCCAGUGUUUACCACAAACAGUUAGCAGCUUUAAACUGUUCUGUGCGUGACUGGAUAGUUAAGCAUGUAAACACAAACCCACUCUGUGACCUGACGCCCAUCUUUAGAGACUAUGAGAAGUAUUUAGCAAAUAUUGAACAGCAACAUGGAAGCAGUAGUGAUAGUGGCUCUGAAAAUGAAAGCAACAAGACACCUGGCGCUCAGUCUGUUUCUACAUUUGGGAAUUCAAAGCUACAGCAAGGAUCAACUUUUUUGUUCAGCAACAACAAACCUGAGGAUACCUCGGACAAAAAACCUGAAGCUACAUCCGAAAAGAAAGACCCCUCAUUAGGAGCUACAUCAACAGUCUCAUUUAAUUUUGGCAAGAGUGUCGACAGUUCCGUUUUGGGUUCCCUUGGUUCAGGAACGCUUAGUAGCUUCUCAUUUUCUCCUGGGAAUUCAGGUUUGUUUGGAAAAGAUGCAAACCAGGCUAAGUCUGUCACUGCGGUAUCCACCAAUGUAUUGGAAGCUCAGGCAGAAAGUGGCAAUAGCGACGAUAAAGGAGAAGAGGAGGAAGAAGAGCCACCAAAAGUCGUUGUUAAUGAAAUAAAAGAGGAUGAUGCUUUCUACUCAAAGAAGUGCAAACUGUUCUACAAAAAGGAUAACGAAUUUAAAGAAAAAGGUGUAGGAACAUUACACUUAAAACCGGCAGGAAAUGAAAAAACUCAGCUCCUAGUCCGAGCAGAUACCAAUUUAGGAAACAUACUGUUGAAUGUUCUAAUUCCACCCAAGAUGCCGUGUACGAGAACCGGAAAAAACAAUGUUCUUAUAGUUUGUGUUCCUAAUCCACCGAUCGAUGAGAAGAAUCCAGCUGCUCCUGUCACUAUGUUAAUAAGGGUGAAAACAAGUGAGGAUGCAGAUGAGUUGCACAAAAUCUUACUGGAGAAAAAGGAGGCUUAAAUAAGUUGCAGUUAGCGAUUUGAGGAAUUAUUGCCAAACUGCUGCUGCUCUUUUUUUCUUCCAUAACUUCACUUGAACACUUAAUUCUUUACUCUGAUAUAAGAACUGUUACAGGAAUUCUGGAAAAGUUCUGUGAGGAAAAGCUAAACUAGCUAAUAAAAGCUUUAAUAGAACACAA